AUGACUACUUUUAUACCGUCGAAGAAGAGAAGUCUUUCUGACUCUCCGCCACCAUAUGCCAUGAAGAAGUCAUCUGACGAAGUGGUAUCCGUUUUUGGUAGAUUGAACAAGUUGUCGAGCUAUCAUAUUGUUUGGUACAAUGAACUGCAUGCAAAUCCUUUGGAGUAUUAUCGUAUUUCAUCGAAAUUUCAACGUGGUGUUGUUGACUAUUUGGAAUGCUUUCUCAGUAUUGAAGAGUGUAAGGAAUAUAUUCGCUCGAUGGCAAAUGAUUGCCGACAUGUUAUUUUGAUUGUUUCUGUCAUUGCUUCUUCAUUGGCGCAAUUAAUGAAUGAUAUGAACGUUAUUGGCGCUGUAAACUCAAUCUAUAUUCAUCGAGAGCAAUCCCAUGAAAAUCCAAACGCAGCAAAAGAUAUUGAUUACUUGAAGAGCCAAGCAAAGGAGGAGAAGCAUGUUUGGAAGAUCGAGUGUAGAAUGCAUGGUGACGAGGGUAAUCUAUCGUUACUAUUACAUCAGCGUUUGAUUAAGUUGGACAUUGCUGCCCGAAUACUGACGUCGAGUGCUACCGACAAAGUCCAUACUGAUUCUGAUCAAGCGGUCUGCCAAACAUUUAUCGAAGGCAUGUCCACCUUGCUUAAUGAACUGGUCAUUCCAGAAGCAAAUAUUGUAACAUUGGAUGACGAAACUAAAGUUCCGAAAAAUACUAAACAUGCGGUUACUGCACUUUUCUCUCUCAAAGGGCUGAAAUAUUUCAGUCCCGAUUCUCUCGUACACACACCAGUCAUUCCCAGCGAUACGAUGGCUGCACUUUGGGAUUGUUUAGCAACGAUGUGCAAGGACAAAGGUGAAUUUCAGCGCGCUUUAUAUUAUUUUGAGAAAGCCGAAGGUUUUAUUAUCGAAAACGAGUCAUUAAUUGUUGCCCGCAAGGUGAACAUGGCUCAAGUCAAUAGAAUGAUGGACCAAUAUGCUCUAGCCUGGUCUAUCUAUCGAGAUUUGUUGAAUGAAUGUCUCGACGUGCCAGAAAAGGAUGAAUACAACGUGUUUUCUGAGAUUGCAACUGAUAUGCCGUAUGUGGAGUCUGAAAGUGCGAUGGAGGUUUGGUAUCCGAAUGUGUUCGGUUAUUUGGAAUAUGUUAAUGCCCAAUGUCGAGAAGCGCCAGCAGAUAAAUUACUUUUCAAAGAUGCUCUUCUCCAAAGAUAUCGCACGCUCGGCCAUGCAUACUGGUACCUUGGUCACAACAAAAAACACGCUCUUCUUUGCUACGAACGCUGGAGGGAACUGCUCGAAGAAAAUGACGAAUCCAUUGGCGAGUUCUUCCUGUAUUUGGCUCAUGUACAUUUUAUCGAUGAUUCGAUGCGAGCGAAAAGCCUCUAUGAACAAGCCAUUGUCGAAUUAUCGAUCGUCGAAGAAAUGUGGGCCGCAGAACUGGCGAUUUGCUAUAGCCGCCUAGGCUAUUUACAGAAGAGAAAACGCUUCUUUACUCGAUCCUUCUAUUUACUGAUCUAUGUGGAAGAUCUUCCUACAUUGCUACGAAAGCAUUUAGAAGAAGCAGGUGAAUGCUACCUUUACCUAGCUAAGAGCUACGUCCGAGAGGAUUCCACGGCUGAGAAAGCGACUAUCCGACAACUCUGUGAACAGGCAUUACGACUUUUUUUGAAUGUCAAACCACCGACGUCUAACUUUCGAGAAAUGCAAGACUGCGCUGAGCUUCUCCUGAAUAUGCAAGAAAAUAAUGGUAUAAAUGUUUCUUAG